GUUCCCAAUGGAUGUGAAGAACUGCACAAUGGUUAUGAAGACUGUACUAGAGAUGGGAGGGCUGGCCCCAGGGGGACUGAACUUUGACUGUAAGGUGCGGCGUGAGUCGACAGAUCUGGAGGACAUGUUCAUCUCACAUGUCGGUGCCAUGGACGCCUUUGCCCGUGGGCUGAAGAGUGCUGCGAAGGUGCUGCAGGAGGGAGUGCUCACCAGGCUGGUCAAGGAGCGUUACUUGAGCUUCAGCAGUGGGAUUGGUGCCAGGAUUGCUAAGGGCACUGCCACCAUGGAGGAGUGUGAGGAUUACAUCAUGCAGAAAGGUGAGCCCAAGGCAGCCUCUGGGAAACAGGAGAAGUUUGAGACUAUCCUGAAUCACUAUGUGUGAGGGACUCUUCUCCAUAACCCUAGCUAGCAUAACAACAGUACAGCAUAUGCUAGGAAUUAAUGACAGGCAAGAGAUAUAUUCAGCUCUUUUUAAUGCUACAAUCUGUUAGUUAGAAAAAAGGAUAGAUAGUACAUGCAGAAACAGUACAUGACUGUGUUCUUUUUCUGCAGACAAUUAAUGUUCUGUAGUGAACAAUUUUACAACUGUUAUUUCCAUAGCAUAAAUUACAUUUUAGCAAAUGUACAGACUUGUAAUUCUUGCAUCUAAAAUAUACAAUGUACAAUACAUUAUUUUUCAUACACGAUAUUUCAGCUCAUAGAUAUGAAUCAUGACUUAACUGGUAAUUGUGACUUGAGGCUAUUUUCACCAGUAUCAUUUAAAAACAAUGUUUACCUUAAAACAAUUUUUCUUAUUAAAAAGUUUUUUUUACUAAUCUUCAAACAAUUGUACAACUGAUGACCAAGUUAUCUGGAUCAUCAUUAGGUUAAGAUCAACAAAUAUUAUCAAUACCUGUUUGCAGCUUUGCAAUCAGUAAAUAUUUUGUCAUCUAUAUGACAUUGUAUACAUGUACAUGGUCAUCUGUGUAUACAUGGUCAUCUGUGUAUACAUGUACUGUGCAAUCUAUUUGACAAUUUUCAUGUAUUGUUACAUUUCUCUCCACCACAGGAUGAGAGGGAAAUGUUUUUUUCUGAUCUACAGUACGCACAAUUUGAUGCAUCAAUCAGUCUGUCCCAAAGUAUCUGUCACCAAAAUUGCCUGGAAGAAAUAAUAGGGAUCAGUCAUCACAAAACAUGACACUUUUGCAGGCAUUAUCAUUGCCAAGAGAAUAUUUUGUCAUAAAUCAGUACUAAAGAAUAAAAACAUUCCAAACUACA